ACAAUUUAUUUCAUUUUACUUAAUGACUCUAUUCUUGAUUUGGCAGUUGUCCCGGAGCAGCAGCGUCCAGUUUUCAGAAGCCGUCUCACCUUCUUCUGCAGCUCCACAUUUUGAGCCAGAGCCUAUUUCUUCUGCUCCCACCUAUUUUCAGCCCCAACAAUUUUCCAGUUGUGUGUCCUGCGAAGAAAACUCCAACUGCCUAGACCAGAUCUUUGAUUCCUACCUUCCACCAGAGACCCUCCUGGACCACUCACUCAGCUCCACGCAAGAUGUCCCACCAUGUUUCCCAGACGGCUUUCAGGCCACCCCAUUCUGCUUUAACCAGAGCCUGGUACCGGGAUCACCUUCAGAUUCAUCAACUCUGUCCAGCCCUUUGGAAUACAGUUACUCCCCACCUCAGCAGCCUUCACUGGCUCCAGUGACUUACAGCUGUUCCUCCUCCCUGGACACCAGGAACUGUGGGUAUCCCUCAGAAGAGUAUUCUUAUCAUCAUUUCCACUCUCACCUCCAAUACAGCCGUUGCACCUCCUCCUCCUCUUCCUCCAUUUGUUACUGCACAUCAUGUGAGACAGAGCACUUGGAUACCAUCAAAGUUUCAGAGUAUUUCUCAUAUCCAGAUACAGACUGUAUAGACUAUUCCCAUUCCCUGCCAACAGCUGUGGCUGAUGACUUCUAUAGAAGGGAAGCAGAUUGUGACAUCUGCUACAGUUAGUGGGAUCAGGAUUUCUUUGGAGUAUUGUAUGUGUACAUUUUUCUACGCGUUAGGUAACACCUCAAAAAAUACCGUCUAAGAAUGGAUGUCACAACAGUACAGUUUACACCAUCACUACUUCAGAUGCUUGUUUGUUUUUUUGAUGUUUUGGAUUUUUAAAAAAUAUCCUAAUGUUAACUUAGUCAUCGGCAAUAAGCCCUCUUAAUCUUACCAUAGCCACACUCCUGCCUUGUACACU